UGAUUAUUCACAGGGCUUCAGGAUCCAAGCCGGGACGGUAGUGUUGAACAACUUGUACAGCGUUCAUAUGGACCCAGGUUACUGGGGUGACCCGGAAACCUUCCGCCCAGAGCGUUUCAUCAACCAUGAUGGUUCAUUUCGUAAGGACGAGCGUGUCAUUCCCUUCGGCAAAGGUCGACGAUCCUGUUUAGGAGAAUCUCUGGCCAGGAUGACAACGUUUUUGCUGUUCUCUUCUCUCAUGCAACACUUCACCUUCAGUCUGGACCCCGCUAUUCCUGUCACCAACACGGACGGCAAGAUGGGCUUCACGCUCAGCCCUCCAGAGUUCAAAGUCUUUGCCCAAGCUAGGCUCUAAUGUUCACAUUCAAGCCUCAGGAACUCAAAGUCCCUCAUUACGGCAAUUUGUAGUGGACACAAUCACCAGAAGAUGAGGAAAAACAACGCAGUUUCUUGAGGUGUAGCAUCAGUCUUACAAAGACAAUUUUCGUUGUCACAUCAUCUGUUUAUAAUCAUUACAUGAAAGUAUCCAAAAAGUAAUUUGAAAGUAUCCAAAUUUUUUUUGAAAGUAUCCAAAAUGUAUUUAGAAAGUAUCCAAAAAGUUUUUUGAAAGUA